UGAUGUGAUGAGAUGCUCUUUCUCACACAUGGUUUCACUGACAACUACAUAACUGUCUGACAGUCAUUGGCGAUAGUAUAAGCGUUAGCGGAACGGUAGCACAUGAUUAGAUUUUAGUCUUCCGUGCGUACUGCGACCUGCGACUGCUACGUACUCGCAUAGGUUUUUAUGUAGAUACAUGAGAUGUUGCAGCAUAAUUGUUUCUGUCGAGAACGAGUACGAGCCAUUGCGAAGUGAAGAAGCAACAUUAUCUGGUCUGCUGGAGUCUUGUUACAUACGUCGCUAAAUUGACUAACUGCAUAAAAUUAGGAGACGGCCGAGGUUGACGCAGCAUUUGAUUCAUUUUAUUGCUGCUGGUUUUUAAGGUCGCUGCACAUAACUAAAAAAUGGCGGAAGUGAAAAGAGAAGUUCUUGAAGAGGGCUUGCAGCAUGGCUUUUGGCGUAGAUUGGUAACAAGAAACAGGGGGAUUACUAAAGGAGGAGUUGACGUGUAUGUCUUUUCACCAGAUGGCACAAGAUUCAGGUCAAAGGUUGAACUUAGAGACUAUUUGAGAGAUUACAAAGGAGAGAUGCCAGAUGUAGAUGAAGCAUUCAAAAAACCUGCGCAUGCACGAAGACCAAAGUUAAUCAAGAGUGGAACUCUAAGGAAAAAAUUGAAGCAAAUGCAGCUCGUCUUCAAGGGAGAAGACACAUACCAACUGGCGAACCACAAAGGCAAAAAACUGUCCACGAAGCAGGUGGACAAACUUGCUGGAGAGGUUGGAUGGGGGAUUGCCAAGGUGAAGCUCAAACUGAUGGAUCCUUCUAAUCUGGCAUCUAAAGAUAACAAGACUAUCAAACAAGAAGGAACGAGUCAAGAUGGCGUCAAGAAGGAAGUUGCCAACAACUCACAUGCAGAAAUUCCCAAAGUGGGAAAUGCAGGGUUGCAGCUCAAAAGAUUGCAUGGCACUGAGGAUACCUCUGUAGGAUUUUGGAACCUAGAUCAAGUCGUCAAAAAAGAGACAAAAGAAUUCAGCUUGACAGAAACUGGAUUUAUGACCCAAGAGGAACUUGAUGCUCUUUUAGCCCAACGUAACAACUUUGAAAUGGAGCUUGUUGACAGUAACAUAUUUGCCAACCUUGAGGAUUUUAGUGGGGGUGUUGAGGUACAAACUUCUGUAGUGGUAAACGGUGAUGAACAGUUUGUGAUUGUUGAGUUGCCGAGUCUUCCUGAAGAAGGAGAGGACGUAUCUAGUGGAUCUGCUAAUGACACGAGUCAUCAGUCAGAGAUAGCAGAUGAAACAGAGAAUGAGGCUGGGCAAUUGGAAACAGAACAAUUAAAGAAGACUGAGGAAGAGGGUGAGCAGUUAUCAACCAACCAACAGACUGCCAAAAGGCCAUUCGAUGAAGGCAAGGCCAAUGCUAAGCAGUUGGUCACUAAGUCAAAAAAUGAGCCUUUAAAGAAGAUAAGACGAGCGUCUGUUGACCCUUCCAAAUGCGACUUUAAGUACAACUCGCCGCUUGAAAUCAAAGAAGUUAUUUCAGAUGAUGAGAGCAAGCAGGAUGAAGUCAAGAGGAAGAUAGAUGUCUUCAGAGUCAGAGUAACUGACGUGAAGGAGAAAUCUGCAAGUGACCUGUUAACAAGUUAUUUGAAUAAUCAGGAGUACUUACAAAUAAAGGGAAAGUCAAAAAUAACGAAUGCUGACACCAAGAAAGAAGAUAGGGACAAGAAGAAAGCAGAAUGGAAUAUGAGAGAUGAACCAACACCGAAAGAGAGGAGAAAGUUUGGCAGUCGCCUAGGGUACAGAAGCCGUCAUGGACAUUAUUCAAGCCAAGUAUAUGGGGAGGUUGCUGAUGCUGAUGACAGAAAAUCAAGGAAACUUAAACAUGGUAGCAGCCAGAAUCUGGUUUCUAAAAAGCAUGAUGACCCAAAGGUAGAUAAUGACAGGGUGGUUCAAAAUGGCAAGCUCCAUCACAGCAGCAAAUCGGACCACUCUAAACCAGCUCAAGAGGAGGGUUUGAAGAAACAAGUUGGAGUGAGUGCCGAGAAGAAGAGUGGCAGAAGUCUCUCUGAAGACCACAAGACCAAGACGAGACCAAGCACCCCAAAGCCACGUGAGAAAGUCGAAGGUGGAACAGAGCGGCACUUUCUGGACAUCCAGAUCCAGAUCCCAUUGAAAUCACCCUUCAACCUGAUCUAUGAGUCUCUAGCGACGCAGCCGUGGAAGGUCAUUGUCUCAUCGUAUCUCGUUUCAAGACUGAACGCCUCCAAGGGUUAUUGCAUAGUGCGGAAGUUCUUUGACGAAUUUUCCUCUUUAGAUGAAAUGGAAAACGUUGAAGCCCUCUUGAAUUUCUUUACCGGAAAGAAGACUAUUCCUGUUGCGGAGCGAGUCGCCCAAGAGUUGCGACUGAUAGCAGAGACCUUGAAAGACAAAUCAGUUACGUCGUUGAUGGAUGUUCCUUGUAUUGAAAAGUACACCAUUGAGGUAUUCCAAAUCUUCUGUGUUGGUGAUUGGACCAAAAUCCAGCCUGAGAGCUAUGACUUGGAAUGCUAUGUCGAGUGGAGGCGACAGCAGCAGCUGUAAUUUGCAGUUGGUGGAGCUGGUCAAGGUCAAAACUUUUUCUUCGGGUUGACUUCAAAAUAUUUUCACAGCCAAUUUUACAAACUGUUAACCUUAAAAUGUAAGACGAGCUUUGUGCCUGUUACCUUGAGCGCGCUCAUGUAUUAAAGACAAGAAUUUUAGGAAUGAAGGUCACAAAUAAUAACACUUUCGUAAUUCUGACGUUUUACAAGCUUUGCAGGUAGGUGCUGAUGAAACAAUGCCAUUUAAGAAAUAUUUUGUUAACUAUUGUAAAUCAUAAUCAGAUUUCGACAUGGUGCGCUAGAAGAAAGUCCAACGGACUGAUUGAAUUGCCAUAUAAUUAUUAUUGUUGAUGGAAAAGUUAAAUUAAAUUGAAAAUGAAAACAA